GUUAACUUUAGCGGUUAAAAAAACGUUAGCUUAACUAGAUAACGUUAACCAGCAAAAAGUGCAUGCUCAUAUAUUACAGAGUAAAGUCCUGAUGUAGACUGACAAGACAAAGUUUGUGAUACUUGAACCUGUUGAUGGUAUUCAUAGAGACAUUGGCAGCAUGUCUGCUGCCUCUUCAGAGAAAAGAUCCUAUGAUGGAGCUUCUCAGACCUGUGGUAAAGAUAAUAAUAGGCCGACAUCAAAGGUAAAGAAAAAGGCCCAUUCUCCUGAGGUGACUUUACCACCUCUCCGCACAGAUCCACCUUCUUGGUCAGCGGCCUUUGUUGGCAGGCCUCAGUUCAGUCAUGCCCCCAUGCUCAGAAAUGUCCUCUCUGAAAGACCUUUAUCAGUGGUGGAACUCCCUCGUCUUAUAUCCCAAGUAGGAUCUGAAAGAGCCAUAGGUGACACAAAAUGGACAGAAGGACCUCGACUAAUGGCUUCAGCAUUAGGGACCGACAUCCCUAUCAGAUCAACACAGAGUCUUUCAGAGAAAGAUGGCUCAAUAAAAGUUAAGGAUAAAAAGAAAACAACUUUGACAAAUGAAAAAGUGACCAAACCAGACUUGCCUCUCACUGGCACAGAGGUAGUUCAAAUCUUUGCCAAGAAAAGAGACCUGGGAGAAUUGCAGUUUUAUUACCUGAAAGAAGUGGAUGGAGACUCUUACAGACCCUAUGACCUGCAGGUGGUCCAUUACAGUGAAGCUGGCCCUGAGCACUACAUCUUCUCCCCUAAUUCUGUACUACAUGUGACAGAAAGGGGUUAUGGUGGAGUCGUCAGUUUGCCAGAGUGGUUUAGAGAGUCUCUGUCAUGGAAAGCUCUGCAGGAAAUUCAGUUUUUCAGAGACUUUAGACUGCGGAAAGCCUUCACCAGGUGGCACAGAAAUGUGCGCAAGAUCUUCUUUAAUCGCAAGUGUAAGGAUCUGCAGGAUCUGCUGUUUAUAGCUGUACCUCAGUUCAGGAAGGCUCUUUAUCUGAUCAUCGGAAUAAUUGAAGAACUGAAAGAGACACACAUGCUGCCACGGGAGGAGUCUACAACCUACACGUUGCUGGAAUUCGAGGAUGCACUGAUGACCAUGAAUCAGGAAUGUCUGCACAUAUUGGAGAAGUUAUCACAGCAUCGUAUUGGAAUCCUAAAUGCGCUGAAAGAGGACUGCUACAAGGCACACCAGGAGCUGCAGCUGCACAUGGAUUGUGCUAAAAAGCCAAAUAAAUGCUCCGAACCCAUUCACCUCCAUCUGGCUCACCAGCAGGAGCUGAAGAAAAAGUUGGCCCAGUCUGAGACCAUCUUACAGAAAUUGGGCAACUUUGCUGCUCUCGUGAAUCAGAUGAUCGUGCAAAGUCUCAUCAAGAUCGUCCGACAAGAUGUCAUUUCUUUUCUUGAAAAAGUUUUGAAGAGGAAGAAAUCUCAGCAAUGCUGUCUCUUCCAAACCAAGCUGUGUUUCAGUGCCAGUAGUCAGCUGUCUGUUGACCCACCAGUACAUCUGUUCCAAGAAGGCGUGAGUGAAGCACUUCUGACUGUUGGUGACUCUAUAAUUCAGAUGUGUGACAGGUGUGGAUUAUUCCUGGAGACCGGCAACAAUGUCUUUACCUCUGAUUUCGCUAAGGAUUUAACCACUGACUUCAGUUGUACUGAACAUCUGACUAUUAUAGGGAAGAAUGAGAAAAUUGAUGGAAUGGCCAGCUGCAGUACGUUUUGCUGCUGGCAAAUGCUCAGGGAAUUGUCAGCUCGCUGGCUGGAGCUGUCUAAAAACACUUCGCUAAUGGUGCAAGGCAACAGGCUGCAUGGCUGCUAUUAUCCCCUCCCAAAAGGACAGCUGGAGUGGCAGAUCAGCAUCAAUGACGUUACAAAAGAAGUUGAGAAAGAGCAGACCAAGAUUAUGCAGGAAGCUGAACUAGAAAUCCAGCAGUUGUGCAAGAGCUACUCAUGGUUAGUGGACAUCCAUUUGUUCAUUUGCCAAUGGAGCCGAGCCUCUUUAGAAUCCAUUAAGGGUCAGCCUGCCUUACUGUACGAGGAACACAUAAAGAAGCUACGUCACUGGGCUGAAAAAAUCUGCACGGUUCCCUCAACAAUCUCUACAUUCAACCAACUGUUCAUCAUCCAUUGCACCUGCAUAAAGGAAGAUCUAGGGCACAGGCUGAGGUUCAUGGAGGAGGAAUUCCUAGAGCAGCUAGCUGAGCAGAUAAAGCUGCACUCUGAAAACCUCAUAUCAGAGCUAGAGAGGGCUUCUACUGAACUCAAGACCAAACCUGGAGACUUACAAGAUCUCUCGAAAUACGCUGUAAUGGUGAGGGAGCGUGUGAAAAUGUUGGCAGACACACAGCAACGCUUGGAGUACAUUCACUCCCUCCAGGACACAAUUUGCAUCAACUACAGGAAGAUGACUGAACAGGAGCUGGCUUUGGAAAAAAAGAUGCUGGCCAUUUGGGAUGGCUUUAUUCCCCUCGUGAGGCAAGCAGAUAGCAUCGUGCACCAGCGUCUUCCUUCAGGGGCUAAUGCAUUGGACACAAUGUUCUCAUUUUUGGCCUGUGACCUUAAAAAUAUGGUAACUAAAGCUACAUCUGGACCCUUCCUUGACCCAACCCAGAAUGCAAAAGAGAUGGUCUCCAAACUUAAGCACAUGUGUUUACAUGUAAACAGUCUUCUUGCAAAGCUGGAACAACUCAGUCAGGACAGUCAAAAUCUACACGGACAUCCGAUAGAUUUGAACAUUUUAACAACAGGUAUUCAGAAGGUCAAAGCUCGUAAAGAGUUGUGGGAGCUGAUAGCUAUCUAUACAACAUGGAUGGAAGAAUGGAAACAGCUGCUGUUCAGCAAGGCUGUGGUGUCACAAGCUCAGGGGGACAUUGCCAAGUUGAAGGACCAAGCUCUAUCUCUAACAAGUAUCAUACCUAUCCAUGAUGCAGUGCUGCAGGAGACUUUAGAAGUCCUGGAAAGCUUAAGCCUUCAGCUAGCAGUCAUGGCCAAGCUGGCGAGCCCAACACUCACACAUAAGCACUGGGCACGCAUGGGCCUACUGUAUGUCCCAGAGAAGAAGGUGACUGUUGCUGACCUGAUGUCUCAGCAACUUAAAUGUAACCAGAAACUAAUUUCCAAGAUAUGCAGAGAUGCACAGGCGGGAUACGACAUGGAGCAGACCUUCCAAAAGCUUCAACGCAGAUGGAAAGCCCAAAUCUUCCAGCUGGAUAAAUUCACUCUGCCUGUUUGGCAGCAUCAGGAGCCACAACAUGGAUUAACAGAGACAGAGAAGCAAACAGACAGCACCAUUUCUGCCAGUCAACACCCCAGUAAUCAUUCAAGAUUCACUAUCAUUGGUCUGGAAAUAUACUUUGCUGAGAUAGAGAAUGAUUUGAUGGCUCUGUCCCCCAUGUUGAAAUCCCCACACAGUGUUGAGUUCAGACUGCAGAUAAAAGACUGGAUGCAAUCAUUAAAAGACCUAGAGAAGCUGCUACAUUUAUUUGAGAGACACCAGCAAGAAUGGGCCUUCCUGACCAAGAUGUUCCAUGAAACAUCAUCCCAGAGAGAGGGUCUGCUGGAACAAUUCAAACCAGUUGAUGAGACAUUUAAGGAAAUUAUGCACUCCGUAUCAAGUGACCCUCACAUGUUGAACUUUAUUCAUUCGAAGAAGAUGAAUGACAGAUUCCAUGGCGAUAGCCUUUGCCAGAUUCUCAUUGAUGGUCUUUCAAUAAUGGAGACCAUUUCAAACCAGAUGGUGGAUCUCUUGGAAACCAUCUGUAAACAGUUUCCAAGACUCUGGUUCUUGAGUGAUAGGGAAGUGAUACAACUGCUCUCCUUUCAUCCGACCCCUUUCACAUUGCAACCUUUUGUACGCAAAUGCUUUAAAGGGGUACAGUGGCUUGAAAUGGAUUGUAAAAUACCUUCUAAUACAAGAGAUGUAAAGAGCUGUCGGACUACAAAUCAAAGCCACAGACAGAUGAAGGUGCUUGGGGUUUAUGGCAGCCUCCAGGAACAUAUUACAUUUCCAUCUCCUUUGGAACCAAAUCUCAAUGCCUUGGAUUGGCUUUGUGUCUUUGAGAAACAAUUGAAGUUGACAAUGGUACAGCACAUGAAACAAUGUGCUGUCAGGCGAAACCAGCUUAAACCAUCUAGUCAGGAUUUGGCAUUCGGUAAAGAAAUCAGAGACAUCCUGCUCCACAUUACUGAAAGGAGGACAAUUGCACAACCUGUGCUGGAUCUCCUGGCUGAAUAUCCUCUUCAGUGUCUGCUGGUGGCUGAGGAGGCAGUUUGGUGUAAAGCUGUUUCACAAGCUUUCCAAGAAUCAAGCCCAGUGAAGCUGAGCAACAUAAAGUCGUACAACUUUGCAAAACUGAGAAACCUUGGCUGUUGCAUAAGGGAUAGAGUCACAGGGGCUAAAUGUACAUCUCAUGUUUCUAAGUACAUGAUGAUGUGUCUGCGUGCUUUAGUGCAACUUACAAUAAAGCAUGCAAAUCAGCUAUCUCGACUCAUGGAAGUAGAGUGUGAGCUGGAGUCGUCUUUUGAGUGGCUAAGUUUGAUGAAGUAUCAAAUCAACUCAGAAGAUUGGAGCAUCAAAGGCAAUGAUGAUCCAACAUGCUAUGUGGAUGUUUUGGGCCAUCAACUCAAAUAUGAAUAUGAGUACUUCGGCCCAGAAGAUUGGUUAAUGGUGCAUACGCCAUCCACAGAUCGAGCCAUACUUGGGAUUCUCCUUGCUCUGACAAGCUACAGAUGUGGGUUUGUGAGUGGACCUUGCAUGUCUGGAAAGAAAACGACAGUAGUCCAUUUAGGAAAAGCACUGGGGCGACAGGUUGUCAAUAUGCAAUGUUGUCCAAGCGUGAGACCCUGUGUUGUUCAGCGGAUGUUGAUGGGCGCCCUCCAGACUGGAGCAUUGCUUCUGCUGGACUCUGUGGACUUACUAACAAAAGGGGUCCUGUCAUUACUGGGACAGCAUCUAGUAGAGAUUCAACAGUUCUUCUCUGAGAUAACAAGAAAAAAUAAUGAAAGAGCGGGUGAGGAGCCAAAUGACAGAACUGCUGAGAGAGUUGAAUCUGAAUGCCAUAUGAUACUCUCUUCUGCCAACCUAAGCUAUGGAUGUGUUCUCAUCUCAUCAAAGGGAUAUCCAUCUGAGGUUCCGGAGAGUCUGCGAUGUGCAACCAGACCCAUCGCAUUAACCCAUCCAGAUUACAGGAUCAUUGCAGAAGUAAUGCUGACUUCCAUUGGUUUCUCAGAUGCCAUGCCUUUGAGUCGACGUCUAGCUGCUCUCAUCAGUCUGGCCAAGGAUUCGCUUUGUCUGCCUGAUUUCAUCAGUGAUGACCAGAGCUGCUAUCUUGUUGUCUUGCAAAAGAUCAUCACCGCUGUAAGUGAAAUACACUUAGAAAAAAAUGUAGGGCAACAAGACAUUUCUGAUGAAGCAAAAGGAGUGGCUGCAGGACAAUCUGAGACUGCCAGAGUUGUUGAACAUGAUAGAACAGAAACUGAAAAGCCUUCCAGGUUAUGCAGUUCUCAUUUGUCAGUCAUACAGGGUUUAAUGGAGGAGACAGCCAUUGUCAAAGCUGUUCUUUCUGUCUUCUUACCUGUUCUUUAUGAGGACAAGAAAGCCUCACAGUUCCACAUCAUUUUCAAGGACACUUUCCCAAUAGCAUGCCAGUUUCCUCUUUUUCAACAGUACAUUGAGGAAGAAGAAAAGAACCAACUUAAAGAUGCAGUUAUAGAAGAAUUGCAAAAGGAGAAGUUUCACUCUGACAGUAAAAUUAUUAGCAGUGCUCUUACACUCUACCAGACCAUGAAAUUCUCUCAAGCAAUUAUUCUCGUAGGCCCCUCAGGUAGUGGAAAGACAACCUGUUACUGUGUUUUAGCCGAAGCACUCAAUUGUCUGGCUACCAAGGCAGUGGAAUGUGUGUCUGAAAAUGACAACAUCAUUGAGGGAGAUGCCACACAAGCAGAGACACAGAUCCCUCCUUCUACCUGGACCUCUGUUGACACUGUGGUGUUGUUUCCUAACGCCAUGUCCCAUGAAGAGGUAUUUGGCUGUUUCUGUGAAAAGAGAGGAUGGCAAGAUGGAGCUGUUACAAAGGUGCUGAGAGAUUCUGAAAGAAAUGAACUAACAAGUUCAACAAUCUGUAACAAUAAGAAGAAAAGUGAUCAAAAACAAACCUGGCUGGUAUUGGAUGGGAAUCCCGUGGGGCAGCCAAGCUGGCUAGAUUACUUAUCUACUUUGUGCAGUCCUGAGGCCCCCUUUCUUUGCCUGUCAUCAGGUGAAACACUGCCAUCCCAAUCACACCUUAAGCUGCUAAUGGAAGUCACCGACCUACAGGAUGCAAGUCCCUCUGCAGUGACCCGUUGCAGCCUUGUUUAUUACACAGGUAUCGAUCUGUGGAAGGCUGUGUGGAAGAGUGAAAUGAAUAAUCUCUCUUUUGAACACAAACUGAAUGAAGGAACCUUGAAAAAGUGGAAUCGUCUGGCUGAAGAUCUUUUCUCCAGCACUCUAAACUUGGUUAGGCAAAAGUCUUUAACCUCUGCAAUCCAUAAAGAUGGGGUAUUAUUGAAAGGCCUUGUGUAUGGACUGCAAGAAAUCAUGUCAUUUGUUCGGAUCCUACAUGCCCUCCUGCAGCAUUUUGGGAAGGAUGUGGAAAAAGCUGAGGCAAAACCACAAAUCGACAAAACGGAUAUAUCUCUACACAGAACCAGAACAGCAGACACAGAGUCCCAGGCUAAACAAGAUCUGUUGGCCAGGAACAUUUUCCUGGUGGCGUAUAUUUGGGGAUUUAGUGGACAUCUGCAUCCUCGCCAUUGGCCACAGUUUGACUUACUAGUCCGUCAAGUGCUGUUUGCUUGCCGAUACAAAAUUGUGGUUCCUGAUGAAGAGAGUGUGUUUGAACACUUCUUUAACAUCGACAGCAAGAUGUUUCCUAAGAACACACUGCUUACAAAUGUCAUCCCUCCUCAGUAUGGAAAAUAUACGCAUCUCCUGAACCUCAUGUUGGAGGCAAAGCAGCCAGUGUUGCUCGCAGGAGAGCCCGGUUCUGGAAAAACCACUCUUUGUAGAACUUUGCUGACUUUUGACAAGUCACACAUUAGCCUACCAGCCAGUCCACUCCUGAGCUCCAGUCACCUGCACACUAUACUGAAUAACAUCAGGUGCCAGAAGAACUGUGAAGAUACUGUGGGUUCCAUGACAAAACAGCAGGGCCUGCUUCUUUUUGUGGAUGAUUUGCAUGAAUCUCCCUGUGAUGUCUUUGGGAAGACGUCCAUGGUUCUAGAAACACUACGACAGAGUAUUUCAUUGGGACAGGUUUUAACCAUUGAUAACUACACCUUCAAGUUUUUGAGUGCUGGAACCAUCAGCUACAUGGCAACCUGUGUCUAUGGAUUGGACAAUCACUCCAGUAAUGUGAUAUCUUCCAGGCUCUCACGUCUGUUCUCAAUCUUUGUGCUCCCCAGCCUAUCUAUGGACACCAUACUGUCUAUCCAUUCUCCUCAGCUAAAAAUCUGGCUCAAGGAAAUGCCACUUAAGCAGAGCAGUGGGGAUAUGGCACGUUGUAUCAUCACUGCAACUAAAAAUCUGUAUCAUGCAGUAUGUGACCAAUUCAAGGCAUCAGUGCAGAGGCCUUAUUUCAUAUUUUCCCAUCAUGACCUUCACAAGGUCUUUAGGGGAAUGUGCCUGUUGCAGCCAAAAAUCCCAAACACAGGGACAAUUCAGAAGAAGGAAUGCUCACUACCAGGCUUUUGUCCAGUCCUCCCAGGUCCUGCAACAGUUCUUAACAUAGUACAUCUCUGGAUGCAUGAGUGCAUGCGAACAUUCGGUGACAGGUUAUGCUCAGAGGAUGAAAGCAAAGCUCUUGUGUCACUCAUAGCCAAGACAGCAACAACACACUAUGGAAAUAGAUUGGUUGAUGAAACCCAGCCUGUCAGUUUAGAUGUCCAACCCUCUUCCACAAGCCUUGUUAUUCACACACUGCCUGUGGAUGCAGCAGACCCCUGUGAGCCAAUAAGUCAGAGUCUGAAUACACUAAAUCUGCCUCAGGGGCCAAAAGCAGAUGGCCUGUCAGACCUGAAGAAAGAAUAUACAUUGAUUGAACCUUCACAUUUUUCUGGCAACAUUUGCUCAGAAGAGGCAAGCAUAAAAUCCCACCCUCAUUUUUCCCAGAUUCUUCAGUAUAUGGAGGACAUAAUGGCUAAGCUUGUAUAUGGCCCUGAGCUUUCUGAGACCCCAAUGAAUCAACAUCACAAAAUAAAAUGCAGCUCUUAUCAGGGCCGAGAACUUGAAGCAUUACUGCAGGAGCUGUGUUCUGUCAUCAAUAAAAAAGAGGAAGAUGAAGGACAGAAAGAUGAUAAUGACCACAACAUUACAACAAGAUGCAUUGUACACAGACAGAGGGUGACACAGCUGCUACACAUCCUCAGAGCCUUGCUCAUACCCGGAGGUCAUGGAGUGCUGAUUGGCUCAGACAAAGGCACAGGCCGUAAAAGUACUGUGCGUUUAGCUGCCUAUAUAACAGGCUACCAGCUGAUGGAGGUACAUCCUGGUAAUCAGAAUAAGUUGCAUGAACUCCUAAAAGAAGCUGCAAAUCACACAAGAGUUUAUGGAGUCAAUGUCAUCAUACUGGCCCAUGAAAAAAUUAGCCAGUCAGUUAGAGAAGAACUGUUAGCAGCGAUGGCUAACAGAACGUACCCAGGGCUCUACACAGAUGAGGAGCUGAGGAAUCUUGUUUCUCAAGUGACUGCUGUGAAAAAUUCAAGACGUUACGUAAUGGACAGUUGGCUCUUUGAAAAGUACUUGAGCGAAAUCCACAGAAAUAUACAUGUGUUCCUGUUGCUUCCCUUGACCGUGUCGGACAGCAGUGAGGUACAUGCCAACAAUGGAAUGAAUGGAUGGAAUGCACAGCUGAUGAAGGCCCUGAGCCUCAGUUGCUGCGUGGAGGUGUACCAGCCUUGGUCCAGCCCGUCUUUAGUGGAAGCUGCUGCUCAAUGCCUCAAAACCAGUCCACCUAAAAUGGUGAGAGAAGACUUCAAGGCCAGUCUGACUGUGGCUAUGGCAGGAAUCCAUCAAUCUGCACAUCAGUAUGCUUCUGUCCUUUUAAGAGCUCAGCCUUUCAGCCCUCAGACUUAUAUGGAGUUCAUGGCUAACUUUGAUUUCCUCUGCAACCAUUUGCACAAUCAACAGCAGAAUCAAGCCAACAGAGUUGCCACUGUUCUGUCUCAUUUGGAUGCCAUGAACUACACAGCUAUGCAGUACAAACAGCACUUAUUAAGACUGCAAGAGAAGGUUGCUGAGACACAGCAGCAUGAGAAAGAGCUCCUGACAGCUGUCGAUUAUCGGAGGCGCCUGCUUGAAGAAGCCCAGGAGAAAUGUGUAGCAGAGGAAAACAAGCUGUAUCACCUGGAAGAGCAAAUUAAUUAUGCUCAGAAUCAGGUGAGACCCGUGUUCCUGUCAGGCCUUAAGAUUCUAAAUUCUCUGAAUCCAUCUGAUCUGGAGGAGGUGCGCCACUACAGAGAUCCACCUGAUGGGGUGGUGAAAAUCAUGGACGCUAUUUGUUUGCUGUUUAAUCGUCCACCAGGCUGGGAGAGUGCUAAACAGCUUCUUGGACAAUCACACUUUUUCCAGGAGUUGGAAUUUUUUGACCGCUACACUCUGACAAAUGAACAGCUUCAGCAGCUCGGCGAGAUAGUUCACAGUCCCCAGUUUGUGCCAGAGUCUGUGCGAGAGGUGAGCAAAGCCUGUGAGUCCCUGUGUCGGUGGGUCCAGGCUAUGUAUGAAUGCUGCUGUCUGCAACACCAGCUCUUGGUCAAAAAGCAAUUGGAGGUGCUGGCUGGAGAGGCACGAGCUCAUCUGCACCUUGCAAACCGGCAAAAGGAGGAUGCAUACUCUCUGGAAGAAGAUGCCAAGCUUCACCUGCAGAUGGUACAAAAAGAUCUGGAGGAAGAUCUGUCGAGGCUCCACGCGGCUGAGAGCUCAGAAAAAGAAGCUAAUACAGUUGCAAGGCAGUUGGAGACACAUGUCAGACACUUGAGAGCUGCUGCUCAGGAGGCAGAGUUGAAUAACCAAACCUUACCAGGAGAUGCCCUUAUCCUGGCUGCAGUAAUUUCUUAUUUAGGCCCCUUUGGACCUGAUAUACGAACAGAACUGCUAAGCAAGUGGAGGGAGCUAUGUCAGACAGGAAGCAUCAACAUUAACCCCAGGGACCCCAGAACCUCCCUGUUUAAACAUUUUGAUGCUACACCUUCUCACCCCCCUCUUGGUUUUCCCAUCCUUGUGUCUGAGAGGCUGCAGAUGCCUCUGGGUCGGGCAUUAGGAAUGCACCGGGACGCUCCACCUGACAGGAUGGUUGUAAAGCUGCUGCUGUGGGGUUGCAAGAGUGCCUGGGUUCAGCGCUGGCCUCUACUGGCAAACACUCAGCAACAUCUUGAUAUAAGCUCUCAAAGAUGUCUCCUCACAGAAGAGAAUGCCAAGCUUGAGAAUGAGAUAGAGUGUGGGAUGGUGCUUUGUGCUGAUGACCCACAGCUGCUGGACAAGCUGGACCAGGCUGCCGAGAAAGGUUUAAGAGUCCUGGUAACUCACAUGGAACGUGCAAUUCCCAGUCCACAGUUUCUGGCCAGAUUAUCACGCUCUGCUGGAUGUUGCCUUCCAGGGUUAAAACAGCAUGUUCAGAUGACCCACCCUGAAUUCUGUCUCUUCCUCAGCACCCAUCUGCCUGUCCAACUGCUCAGUAGUGAGAUCCAUCCAUCCAUCUUGGCUCAGGUACGCAUGGUUGACCUCUCUUUGAGCUCAGAAGAGAUCCAGGAGGUGAUGCUGACACAGCUGCUGCAGUCUGAGUGUAAAAAGCUGCUGAUUCAACGCUUGCGGCUUCAGAAUGACAAACAGUUGCUGCGGGAGAAACUGGUCUCAGAAGAGGAUUCUCUGAUGGACUACAUCCUGCAGUCCAACACCUCACUGCUGGAUGACUCUGCUUUUCUCUCUCGCAUGGCUGUUUCUCAAGAAACAAUGAAGAAACUGCAGGCUGAGAUCCAACAGCUGAGUGAGGAGCUGGAGUACCACGAGUCCCUGCUGGCUACGCCCCGACAAUUAAUAAGACUGGCUGCUGCCCUCUACCAGGCUCUGCAGGAGGUGUCCCGUCUUUCCCCUGCCUACUUCUUUCCCCUACAUGGCUUCAUCACUGUUGUGCAAGGUGCCUUUAUUGUGAAGGGCAGGCCAUUAGUGUCAUAUACCAUUGGGAAAGUCCCAGGGGGCAUAAUACCAGAGGUCACAAACAGUAUGGUUACCCAGCUGCUGGUCUGCUACAGGCCUUGUCUCUUCAAGAGCCAUUUCGCUGUUCUGGAGCUGCUGUUGUCUGUGGCUCUUCUGCAACACAAUCAGCUCUGCUCUGAGGCUGAAAGGGUGGCUUUCCUUAGGGGUCUUCAAGACAUAGAACAUCCUUUGACUAAAGUGAAACCCUGUUCGCUUCCUCCAAUUGCCUCGCAGUCCACUAGUGCUCUGCCCAGCUGGAUACCCCCAAAUAUCCACACAGAGCUCCUCUGCCUGGAGAAGAUCCCUGUCUUCAAAGGGUUGAUUGCCUCUCUCUCCACUUGCCCCAUUCAGUGGCAGGAGUACCUGCACCUCCCUUCCUCCACUGUAGCAGGGGCUGUUCCCUGUCGCUCUCACUUCCAUCUUACCCUGCUACAGCGGGCGCUCCUAUGGAAAACCAUGAUCCCAGACUGCCUGGAGGGACUCACGAAGGCCAUGGCUGCCUACCACCUCUGCCUGACUGGACAGACAGCAGGGACUGAGGCCCCCCACACUGGAAACCCAGAGGCCCUCUCACGGUAUCUUGUCAAACACAAAGGUCCCAUCAUCUUAACAUUGCCCAGUAAAGAUAAGUGGACGAGCAUUCAGCCUCUUCACUUAAUAAACAAAUUGGCCCGCUGCAUAGCAGAAACAAAGAAGGUUCAGGUGAAAGUCAUUUCUUUUGGGGCUCUGUGUGUCAGAGAGGUUGUUCUCCCAAUGCUGGACACAGCUGUUAGCCAUGGCCACUGGUUGGUUUUUAACAACUGCCACCUGUUGGAUCAAUGGGAUGAUAAAGUAGUGUCUCACCUCAAUCAGUUUAUCUCCUCUCUCAGAGAGGAGCGAUGCCUGAUUCACCCGUGCUUUCAACUGUGGUUCAUAACUCAAGAAUAUGCAUCAUGCUCCAUACCAGCGAUUGUGCGAGUGUGUGCCUUGUCUCUGGUCUGCGAUUCUCCCUGGGACUUGAGGGAGGAGCUGAGCUGCUCCUUUCAACAGUGUCAAUCAAUGUCAGGUGCCACAGGAGACAACAUGGAGCUCCUCCUGCACUGUGCCAUCUUCCACUCUGUGUUACUGCAGAGGCAGACAUAUAAAUACUUAGGCCAAGGGAGAAUCUACAAUUGGAGUCAGGAUGACCUCCUGGCUUUGAUGGAUGCACACAUUUGCAUUGCUAGUCUCUGCAAUGACAAAGUUAAGGCUUUGCACUAUAUUGCAGUCAAUCUAGUGCAUGGCGGCCUUGUGCUGGACUCUGCAGAUUUGGAGGUGGUGGACAGCGUUGCCAAGAUCUGCCUCAUCAAAGUGCCACCUCUGUUGGGCAGUGGACCACACAUCCUCUCAAAUUUGACAAGCAAUCCUGGCCACUUUGAUUUAUCAGAACUAAUGCAGAUUUUGGAGCAGGGUCUUCAGGAUUCAGGAAACAUCAGUGACCCCCUUGUGCUGGGCUUCAGUGCAGAUGUGGCAGCUGAGAUAAUCAAGAUCAAUAGCCAAAAUUUGAAAAUACUACUGCAGGCCUCACAGACUCCUCUAAGAGCAGUGAGGGGUUUCCAUACACAGAUAAACCAGGCCGCCACACUGCCAGCCUACAGCCAUGCAAGAGACAGACUGAAGGCUCUGAAGAGUUACCUCACACACAAAAAUGACAGCACAGUAAUAAAUGCAGGAGCUGUUUCUCACAGCCACCUAUGUGACUUCCUCCAGGCUGAGUGGGAUGAUCUCAUUGAUUUGGUGUCCUCGCUCCUCUCACAGCUCCAACAGCCCGUUCAAUACAGCACGCCGACCUUUGCUUCCCUCCUCCAACUCACUGACUUGCCUCGCUUGGAGAGGAGGGCAGAGUUGCUCAGUGCUUAUCUCUGGCACCACAGCACUUCAGAUCCUCCCAGUGCAUACCGACUAUCUGCUUUCAGAAAUGCCAGAGGCUUUCUGGUGGCAUUGAUGAGAGAGGCUGCUCAAGUAAAUCGGAAAUAUAUCAGUGAUAUAGCUUUGCAUUUCCAGGUUCUGAGUGAUAGUACAUACCCAACCUCCCUUCCCCUGGAUGCUGUCUACCUUUGUGGCUUGGAGCUGAGAGGGGCAUCAUGGGAUACACAGCUAGGAGCCCUAGAGGACGCAGUCGCUCUGCAGCCAUGCCUACUGCCACUUGUUCAUGUCAAGGCUCAAGUCAGCAGCACAUAUAGUUCUCGUGAUACCUUCCCUUGCAAAAGUUCACAUUUUAAUGACAGCAGCAAUGUCCAGGUUGCACAUGCUUCUCCAUCAAAUGCCCCACAAUUACCUCUCUAUCCCUGCCCCCUUUAUCUCGAUGGAGAGUGGGAGAGUGGAAACUGGGGACUGGCAGAUGCCAACAUUAUCACUACGUUUCCCCUUCAUGCUAAGCUAAAUCCUGUGUUGUGUAGUUUGAGAAGGGUGAGGCUAGUGAGUAUGCUCUGACUAAACCAGCUGAGUUGAACCUGCUGUGAUGCAUCAGACUGUAAUGUUUUGCAUGUUUUUGUAAGGUCUUCAUUAAAGUCUUUUACACAAUGUCAUGAUUUAUACCACUUUGUUUGAUCCAGUGAAUCCAACCAUCCUUGCUGUUAGGUGUUAUAGAGGUGAGGCCUUGUGCACCAUAUCCACACCCAACAUUAUGAUGAACUGACGCAGUUGGUCUUUAAGUUUAUUUUGAAAUCUGUUUAAAUGUUUCUGUAUAUUCACAUUUGUACCCACAUGUAGAAAGACAUGAAAUAUCCUCAAUCCUGUUCACAGUUAUCCCUAGGUCUGGGGUGUAAAAAUACCAUUUUUUAUUGCUUGAAUAUCAUAUUUUAUGGUUUAAUAUGUGUUGCAACAAAAUGUUAAAAAAAAAUCUUCCAUUUUUGCACUGUAUGUCAAGAUAUUUUCAGCAGAAAUUGUUCCAGAGGAGGCGUGAACUUUGUUGACUGUAGUAACCACAUUUCUUUUCCCCUCCUCUAGGUAACAUGGACAGGCACCAUUAUGAAACUUUUGAGAAGUUUGGCAACAAUACUGUCCUAAUACACCUUGACAACGGGAGGGCAUUUGGACGACACUCCAAGGAUGAACCCUCUAUCCUUGUCCCUCUGGAACAGUGUUGCA